AUGUCGUCGGGUUUCGGAUUUAAAGGCCGCGAGGGCCGAUGCUACCAGUUCUGGAAGGGCGUAGAGCAAUGCAGCAAGGACACGGAAUACUCUGGUCAGUGUGGUAAGCAGGUCGAGGACUAUAUCGAAUGUUUACACCACAGAAAGGAGGAGCUCAGAUGUAUCGGACGCGGCAGCUACGGGUCUGCAUACCUUGUACAAGACCGCACGUGCCUGGAGAAUCGUUUUGUGGUUAAAAAGAUUCCAAUGGAGUUACUUUCCGCCAAGGAAAAGGACCAGUCCUUUCAUGAGGUGGAGCUAUUGGCCAAGCUUAAACACCCCAAUGUGGUCGAGUACAAGGAAAAUUUUGUUGCAGAUAACGUGCUGCAUAUUAUAAUGGCUUAUUGUGACGGUGGUGACUUGGCGGACAAAAUCAAGGAGCAGCAUAAGAUUCGAGAACAGAUUGUUGGCCCAGACAACAACUCAAGUGACCCGAGGGGAUAUUUCCCCAUUAGCCAAGUGCUGGACUGGUUUGUGCAGAUGGCCAUGGCAAUCAAGUAUCUGCACGACCAACGUGUAUUACAUCGAGACUUGAAGACCAGCAAUGUGUUCCUCACGACUGAGAAUGUGGUGAAAUUGGGAGACUUUGGCAUCGCCAAGACACUGGAUUCAACGCUAGAUCAAGCAAAGACUGUGGUGGGGACGCCAUACUACAUGAGUCCAGAGGUCUGCGAGAGCAAGCCAUACUCGUACGCAAGCGAUGUGUGGUCUCUUGGCUGUGUUCUGUAUGAGAUGCUUGCCCUGCGGCACGCCUUCGAUGCUUCGAAUAUACUUAUGCUUAUCCUCAAAAUUGUGCAGCAAGACUGUAAUCCGGUACCCCCUUGUUACGGCAAAGAAGUAUCCGAUCUGCUGCACAGACUGCUCGACAAGGACCCAGAGCGGAGGCCUAGUAUGGAAGAAAUUUUCGCAAUGCCAUACAUCCGCCACCACAUGCAGGGACUCGUAGCCUCAGGUGGCUCGCUAAAGGUUAAGGUAAUAAACCCGCUGGCACGGAGACCGCAAUAUGGUUCAGCUUCUGCACGUGGUAGACGCCGACUGCAUUCUAAAAACCUAUCUGCUCGGCGCUCGUCUGGGGAGAAAAAGCAGCUACGAUCGGCUCAGACAGCUUUUUCACAGGUAGCACCGAUGCAGUGGAUACCGAUUCAACCUUUCACUGCAGAUACCGAUCAUUUAGACACAUGCAACGAGCCUGAACGAUUGGACUCAAGCAUUUUACAACAGUCACAACUAAGCUUUCGGCUACCAGAGCGAAACACCACACUAGAGCCGCAAAUUACGACAGAGGAGAAACCACAUCCAGUUGCGAUAGAAAAGCAUGGGUUGAUGCCUGAUGAAGAAGUAGAUGAAGACUCAUUAAACUCCAUGCCGACGGCGGUAUGGCCACAACCUCGGCUGGCAUCUAGAGAGAGAAAGUUGUUUGCAUGGGGGCAAGGUGAAAGCAGUAAGAAACCACACGCGAAUGGCAGUGCCCGUUCCAGUAGUAACGAAGCCGAUGAUGAUGACUCGCAAUUUCAGGAAAAGGAGCUCAUGAAUCCAAAUUUUCAGAGCGAGUAUAGUGAUGAAUGCAUAGACAGCUUUCAGAAUUACUACAGCUCCAAGGACACUAAGGAGAACUGCAGUCCUAGUAAGCGCGAGUUACGACAACCUGAAAUUCUCAGACAAAGAGGGAUGGGGAAUCUCAGAACGCCAUUUCACCAACCUCUGUCUUGUGUAUCAAACGACGUUAAUGCGGAGGAUACUCGAGUACCCAAGUUUAGUGAGAUCUCCAUGAUGCGUGAGCUGGAGCUAGAUGGAGAUAGUGAUGAUGACGAUAGAUCCACUGACACAUCACUGGGUGAGUACGAGGCAGAAGAGAACUUUUACAGCGAUGACUCCUCUGACUUCCAUGAUCACAGCGGGACGCAAUACAGCGACGACUUCGAAGACGCCGACGCUGAAGUCAUUGAAUAUGCGGACGGUGAGUUCAACAGUGAAGGAGAGGGACACGAGAAGGAGCACCAUAUAUUUACUACAAGAGAAGAAGGCGAGGGAGUCGCUUCUCACUGGGACGACUUUGUAAGCACAACUGCUGGCUACAGACCUACAGGAGAUGAUGACAACUGUCACUUUGCGCGUAUUGAAGGUCCUGCUGAGGCACAGUGGGUCAUUCGGAAGGUUGCGCAGAGCUUGAUGCUCACUACAGAUGACUUACACCCACAGCAAGCUGCAUAA